AUGGAGGCUGAGCGCAGCGCUCGUUGGGCUGAAGCAUUUAGGGGACAGGCUGAGCGGAACUUGGCCGAGGCAGAGGGGCGUAGGAAGAAGGCUGAAGUGGCAGUUCAGGCGGCUGAGCGACGCACCGCCGAGGAGAAAGGCUCCAGAGAGAAGGCGGAGAAGAUGGUGGAGGCGUACAGGCUUGUUCUGAAGGAUAUCGGGAUACUUGAGGAGGGGCUGAGGCGCGACCGGAUUGCUGGCCGGUGCGUUGAGCUGCCAGACGGGACGGAGCGGCGCGAAGGCACGGAUGGUGGCAAUCAACAGUGGGCUGCUCUUCUCAUACUGUAG